AUUUCCUAAAAUAAUAUACAAAAAAAGUCUUAUCGUUGGUAGAGCUGUUGGUAGCUUAUGUUGAUGAAUAUCGGGGAGGAAUGUGUCGCUUCUUAUUAUUGUCUGGUCAUCUACUCAGACAAUUGUCCUUUGUUGUGGAGCCACCCAAGCUCGACUCAAACAGUGGCAUAACUAGAACCCAGUUCCAGCCAAACCAGCUCCACGGCUGUUCACCGCGUAAUCGACGGAUGUAAAUAAUAACACAGAAUGGAUACACGCACCUAUAGAACAGACAGGACACCGUUGAGAGUUCCAAUCAGGAUUUGUACAACAAAUUGUGGCCGCAUCUUUGUUUUUGCGUAGUGGAAUUAUUGUGGAAAUAGUGGGAAGUAUUGCCAAGAUGUCGGCGGAUAUUCCCAACCCAAGAGAAGUUAUUCAACUUUUGGACGUUCUCGAAUGUACAUCGAAUUUUCAUAAACUGUCAGAAGAAUUUCGAUUACGAUUUCCUGAUCCGAAAGAGUAUUUUAAGGUGUGCAGCGGACUAAGUCAUCUUCUUCAGGGAAGUGAUUUGCUUGAUGGUGCCGCGCAAGAGCUCCGGGCGGCCUUUCUCAUUUAUGAUGCAUUCAGGGAAGGUAGGCCACACGAAAACCCGUUCCUGAGCUUAUUGAUUAAGCUUCUACACCCGUCUGAACAGGGAACUAAAGCGGGCCCUGGCUCAUUGGCUCGUUUAACUCCACAGGCUCGUUGGUUUUUUUCACAUUUGCUCGGCUCCCCAAGAGAUUCUGGUUCUACGAAAGCAUUGCUUAUGAUGACGGCCGAAGAAGUUCUAGCUAAACUACCUACGGAAUGCGAUACUGUUUGUGAUACGAGUAAUCUUCAGGUUCUUCUCAUGGAGCAAUUAGCAGAACUCCCUUCGGUAGAUCGCAUAGGUGUAUCGCGGGUAAUACCAAAUCCUCGUGUUGACGGGGACCUUGCAGCUCUUGAUGCCGAGGCCGCGCGAACCCUUCGACGGGACUCCGCCGUCGAACUGUUGUCGCACAGUGACGCGUAUGGAAGUUUUACCCCAGUAUUCUAUCGUAUACCUCCACCUUUGCAUCUUGGUGAAGACGCUCUUACCUGGAUCGAACCUGUGUCCGAAUAUGUUGAUAAGUUGAAACCAUUUUGGGAUGAAUCGAUGUGCUCAUCGAGUUCCGCUGGAAGUGAGACAAAACGUCUUUUGGCUCGCGCACUCAAACAGGCAUUGACGCCAAAUCAGCAAACUCAACUACUGGCUGAUUUGAAAAAGGAACCGCGUAAAAUUGUGCAAUUAGGCCUGACUCCCUCGCGGUUACCCGAUCUCGUUGAAAAUAACCCUACCGUCGCAGUCGAGGUCCUUAUGAUGCAGCGGUCUGAUUGUACGCAUUUACCAGAAUUUUAUUCAGCUCUGGUCAACAUGGAACUAUCGCUGCAUUCAAUGGAGGUGGUUAAUCAAUUAACGACAGCGACAGAACUACCAGCUGAGUUUAUUCACCAAUAUGUGUCGAACUGCAUCGCCACCUGCGAAACCAUCAAGGAUAGGUACAUGCAGAAUCGGCUUGUUCGUCUUGUCUGUGUGUUUUUGUCAUCGUUAAUUCGAAAUCGCCUAAUUGAUGUUCGGGAACUGCUAAUUGAAGUGCAGGCAUUCUGCAUAGAAUUCUCACGAAUUAAAGAGGCUGCCUCCUUGUUCCGUCUGCUGAAGAACGUCGACUGAGGAGAAUGAAGCAUUUGAUACCGUUACUUCGAUUGUAUGACAGCAUGUGCAAUCGGUUCGAAUCCCGAUUGCUGCCAGGGGCAUGGGUAGGACGUGAGGAGCGGUGAAAAAAGAACUCUCCUAAAAAGCAAGUCCGCUGUUUUAUGGGACUUGGAAUAACUUCUGCAGUAUUACUUACAGCCACAUCUCUAACAUGCUUAGUCAAUGCAGGAGAGACGCGUAAUUUCGCAAUAACACUCAAAACUCACCUGUUGAAAGAAAACACAGAUGUGUACGUUUCACUUAAUAAUGACGACAUGUACUGUAUAACUGUAUAAAGAAUAGCGGUUGAUUGUUGAGUAGCUUGUAUUUGCAAAUAUAUAAAGACUGUGUACAAAAACAAUAGAAGUGUAUCUAGUGUAAAUGGAAUAAAAAAAUA